CGGCCAUGCCCUUUGGAGGAACAAAGGUCGGCUCAGCAUGUCAGUCAGCGUCCACGAGACCCGGAAGUCGCGGAGCAGCACGGGCUCCAUGAACAUCACCCUCUUCCACAAAGCCUCCCACCCCGACUGCGUGCUGGCCCACCUCAACACGCUGCGCAAGCACUGCAUGUUCACGGAUGUCACGCUCUGGGCCGGCGACCGCGCCUUCCCCUGCCACCGCGCCGUGCUGGCCGCGUCCAGCCGCUACUUCGAGGCCAUGUUCAGCCACGGCCUGCGGGAGAGCCGGGACGACACGGUCAACUUCCAGGACAACCUGCACCCCGAGGUGCUGGAGCUGCUGCUGGACUUCGCCUACUCGUCCCGCAUCGUCAUCAACGAGGAGAACGCCGAGUCGCUGCUGGAGGCCGGCGACAUGUUGCAGUUCCAUGACGUGCGCGACGCCGCCGCCGAGUUCCUGGAAAAGAACCUGUUCCCCUCCAACUGCCUGGGCAUGAUGCUGCUCUCGGACGCGCACCAGUGCCGCAGGCUGUACGAGUUCUCCUGGCGCAUGUGCCUGCUGCACUUCGAGACCGUGCGGCAGAGCGAGGACUUCAACAGCCUGUCCAAGGACACCCUGCUGGACCUCAUCUCCAGCGACGAGCUGGAGACGGAGGACGAGCGCGUGGUCUUCGAGGCCAUCCUCCAGUGGGUGAAGCACGACCUACAGCAGAGGCAGGCCCACCUGCCCGAGCUGCUCCGGAGUGUGCGGCUGGCCCUGCUGCCGGCGGACUGCCUGAAGGAGGCCGUCUCCGGCGAGGCCCUCCUCAUGGCCGACGAGCGCACCAGGCUCAUCAUAGAUGAGGCGCUCCGUUGCAAGACCAAGAUCCUGCAGAACGACGGGGUGGUUACCAGCCCCUGCGCCCGGCCGCGCAAGGCGGGCCACACGCUGCUGAUUCUGGGGGGCCAGACCUUCAUGUGCGACAAGAUCUACCAGGUGGACCACAAGGCCAAGGAGAUCAUCCCCAAGGCCGACCUGCCCAGCCCCCGGAAGGAAUUCAGCGCCUCAGCCAUCGGCUGCAAGGUCUACGUGACCGGGGGCCGGGGCUCUGAGAACGGGGUCUCUAAGGACGUGUGGGUGUAUGACACUGUCCACGAGGAGUGGUCCAAGGCGGCACCCAUGCUGAUCGCCCGCUUCGGUCAUGGCUCAGCAGAGCUGGAGAACUGCCUCUACGUGGUCGGGGGACACACUUCCCUGGCAGGCGUCUUCCCCGCCUCCCCUUCGGUCUCCCUGAAGCAGGUGGAGAAGUAUGACCCCGGGGCUAACAAGUGGACGAUGGUGGCCCCGUUGAGGGAUGGAGUCAGCAACGCCGCCGUGGUGAGCGCCAAGCUGAAGCUCUUCGUUUUCGGGGGGACCAGCAUCCACCGAGACAUGGUGUCCAAGGUCCAGUGCUACGACCCCUCGGAGAACCGGUGGACCAUCAAGGCCGAGUGCCCCCAGCCUUGGCGGUACACAGCAGCCGCUGUGCUGGGCAGCCAGAUCUUCAUCAUGGGAGGCGACACGGAGUUCACGGCCGCCUCAGCCUACCGCUUCGACUGCGAGACCAACCAGUGGACGCGGAUCGGGGACAUGACCGCCAAACGCAUGUCGUGCCAUGCCCUGGCCUCGGGCAACAAGCUCUAUGUGGUGGGGGGCUACUUCGGGACCCAGAGGUGUAAGACCCUGGACUGCUAUGACCCCACUUCGGACACGUGGAACUGCAUCACCACCGUGCCCUACUCGCUCAUCCCCACGGCCUUUGUCAGCACCUGGAAGCACCUGCCAUCGUGAGGAGCACCUGCGGAGCCCACCAGACUCUGCGUGUCUCUCCCCACCCCUGCGGCUGCAGCCCUCAAUGUCCCAGAGUGGCCCUCACCCCGUCCGCCACCGUGGGAAGCUCAGCCCGGCCCCGGAGCAGCACUUGAGGUGGCCGGAAGCUGGUCCCAUCAGCUCUGGGAGCAGCAGUCUCGGGGGCUGUCCUGAGCUUCAGACAGGAGGAGAGAAGCCAUCUCGAGUGCCCCGUGUGUCUGCCCAAGGCCUUUUCCGCUUUGCAGUGGUUUGUAGGGGAGAGGACCUUCCGCAGGCACGUCGACCGACCCCAGGACUCCCUCAGCCUCGGGGACAAGCCAUGUGUGCAGAGCGUUGAGGUUGCUGGUCUCAGCAAGUCCUGUGCAGGGGCGCGGGAGGCUGGGCAGGGGGGAGCCCUGGGUGUGUUGGGACGGGCGGUACUGGGAGGCCUUCACACAGCGCCCACAGCACAGCCUUGGCCUCGCCACCUCCCUGUUGUCAUUGUAACGUCACCCAGCAGAGGGUGUCCCGCACCUCGGGGAGACGGGGUCCACCUGGACUGAGAAUACAGGUUGCCCAAGAGGAAAUCAGGGACACGUGUCAUGGGCAGAAACCCAUCGGGUGACCUCGGUGGUGCCCACGAGACUUCAUUAGCGAACGACACCAAGACCCCCAGUGUUAAAGAGGAAGCUGUUUUGGGCCCCUCCCUCAAGUCAGGCCAGCCUUGCCCUGGUGCAGAGACACUCGGGUCCUGUCAUCGGACUUGGGGGCUGCCCGUCUCCUCAGAGCCUGCCUGUCCUCAGAGCCUACCCCAAGAGGUGGCAGUGACCCCAUCUCCUGACAGGACCAUGCUGGCCCUCAGGAUGUGGCGGGGCCCCCGAGCCUGGGAGCAAAUAGGAGAUGGCACCCCCAGGGUUACUCCAGGGCACCCACUCUAGAUCCCUCCAGGCCUGCAGGAUAGCAGCAGGGCCUGUGACCCCGGGCCCCCAGCCAGCACCAGCUGUCCUCUGGCAUCUGGGCCUUCCAGCUGGCCCAUUUGCUCACUGGGCCCCAAAAGCAAGAAUGGUCCCGAGGAGAACUGCCAGGUCUUCAGUCAUUUUCUCCACGUCUCAAGUCAGUGGGACCCUCAUCCGUGUAUCCCCAGUAUCUGGGCUUCCGGAGGGGCAGCUCACACCUAGUAUUAGGGUUUGCAGCCCAGCCUUGCCACCCCUGGGCAGCACUGUUGGGGGGCGCGGAAUGGGGCCUGGGCCAAACCGGGGCCCACCUGGCCGCCCGCCAGCUGCCUGCCGUUUGCUCGGUGCUGCUCGGCUAGGUCGGGACUGGGGCGCCCAAGCGAGCUGCGCCGUGGAUGGGGCCGCAUCAGAAACCAGCCGCCGUCUGGAACCCUGCCCUGCCGCCUCGCGGGAAGUCCGUGCUGCUGCUGGCCCUGCGGGCGUCCCUUGGGGAGGGCUCUUGGUGCUGGGUUCACCCGCCCGUGAGCCCCGGCCACGGCCCGUCGGCUGCCGCUUGGGAAACGCUGGAAGCAGCGAGUGCAUCUCCAGGUCCGUCGGGGGCCGCAGACGCUGCCGGCCCAGAGGCUGGCCUCCGCGGGUCCAGUGCGCAGCCCCGGCCGCGAGAAGCCCAGGGCGCUGGACCCGGGAGAGGGCGCGGCGGGGGCGGC